AUGAGCUUCAGCCACGUGGACCAGUUGGACCCAGUGGACCUCACCAAGGCCAUGGCCCAGAACACACAACUCCACCACACCAUCUACUCCAAGAACCAGAAGGACCUGGAGGCCUUCCAGGCCAAGACCCAGGUUCUGAAGGACAAUGUGGCGGUCGGCAUAUGGACCCUGCAGACGUUCAGGUCUGAAGACACCCAGGUCCAGUCUACUUUGGAGUCUCUGGAGACCCAACUGCGGUCCACAUUGGACAUGGAAGUGUUGGAGGGAACUGUGGCUGACACCCUGAGCCAGUACAGAGGGAUGCUAAGAGGAUACCUGAGCCAGGUGUCCACUCUGGAGGACCAGCUAGUCCAGCUCAGGUUGAACCUGGAUCUUCAGGACUACGAGUACAAGAAGCUGCUGGACACCAACAUCCAUCUGGAGCUGGAGGUCGCCGAGUACAAAAGGCUUCAGGGCUGA